AUGGCGCUAGUACUAGGUCUUGCCUUUUAUUUCUCCACGGGCCUCAGUGAUGAGGCUACUGCAAGAAUGACCACAUCUGUAGCGGCAAUUCGAGCAUCUGACUCUCCACAUUUGUGGAGACAAUUGUCCUCCCGUUGUUUGCAAGGACGAGUUUUCAUGUAUUGUGGCUCGAUUGCAAGUUUGCAAGCGGCCGUCAUGUUUCUUCUAGACGGCUAUGAAGACUCCCUAGAGCUGGAUGCACUCCUUGUAACUGCCAUCUCUGGUGCUCGAAAGUUACAGCUGCAUCGGCUAGGGGAUGCGGACUUGAAUUUGGCCGCUUCUUUACCCGAUAUAUCCGACCUGGAAUUGGAUCGUCUUUUGCUUUUUCUACCGUCAUACGAACAGAAAUUGGUGUUAGGAUAUGGCUACUACAACAUACUUCCGUCCACAUUCAACACUCGGAUCCCGUUGCACAUCAAUGAUGAUCAUCUCUGCCCAACUGAUGCAGGGUCAUGGGCUAGGCUCACUGAAAGACCCCGUUCAGAGUUUACCAUGCUCUCCUACACGAUUUACACUCUCGAGAUGGUGACCCUUAUGCGAGAAUCACUGGACCUUCGAGACGCAUUUCACAAAUUCUCCCCUAAGUCCCCGGACGAGAAGGCCAAGAUACGACAAAACCUCACUGAGAAGCACGAAAUUCCUUGCUGA